AUGGAUAAUGAUAAUGGGACAGCAGUGACUGAAUUUAUUUUGUUGGGGUUCUCAGGAUUGGGGACUUACCAGAUCCCCCUGUUUUGGGGAGUGCUCUUUAUCUACAUAACCACUCUGCUGGGCAACUUCCUGAUUAUCACCAUUACCCUGCUUGACUCAGCCCUGAGCACUCCCAUGUAUUUUUUCCUCAGGCAACUCUCUAUGCUAGAGAUUUUCUACACUACCACUAUUGUGCCUAGGAUGCUGAGUGAUCUGCUCUCCUCACAUCCUCUCAUCUCUGUUGCCAGCUGUUUCACCCAGAUGUAUUUCUUCAUCCUCUUUGGCAUUGCUGAAUGUUGCCUACUCAGUGUCAUGGCCUAUGACCGUUAUGCUGCCAUUUGCCGGCCCCUGCACUAUGCCACACUGAUGAACAGGCAGGUGUGUGUGGGUAUGAUGGGUGCUUCCUAUGUAAUGGGCAUCACUGCAGGCACCAGCAAUGCUAUACUCAUCUUUACCUUGCCUUUCCAUGGCUCCAACAUUAUACACCAAUUCUUUUGUGAUAAUCUGCCUGUUUUGCAGCUGGCCAGUGCAGACACAUUCUGGGCUGAGCUUGGGAAUCUUGCUUUCACUCUGCUCUUUAUUGUCACACCCUUUACACUGAUUGUGUUUUCCUAUGUUCGUAUCCUCAUUACCAUCCUUGGAUUAGCUUCUGCUCAGGGGCGCCAAAAAGUCUUCUCUACUUGCUCUUCCCACCUAAUAGUUGUCACACUCUUCUAUGGGACUGCUGCUAUUGCCUAUGUGAGACUCGGAGGCAAAGCUAAUCAGGACAUGGAUCAAAUCCUCUCCCUUUUCUACACAGUUGUAACUCCCAUGUUCAACCCUUUUAUUUAUACUCUAAGAAACAAGGAGGUGAUGGGAGCCCUGAAGCGAAAGCUAACAAAACACUUUUGA